GGAGGAGGGACGCGGCCGUAAAGCUACGUGACGCAUACAACAAUUCUUUACCAAAAUCAUUAUUUAAGCGUUAUUAUUGACUAAUAUACAUUAAGUUUCGUAGGCGUGAAUUGUCAUUAUUAUCUAGCACUUUUUAACAGCACAACGUAAAAACGUUUAAGCUUACGUGACAAAUACUGCGGAGAGGAUAGUCUAACAGUUAACGUUAGUUUUUUCGCCAAAAUGAGAGGGGGUUCGUCCUAUGGAGACAGAGACAGGGACCGUGGACGAGACAGGCCACGGUUUGGGGCCAUGAGCGGUCGCAGUGGACCCCCACCAAUGAAGUUUGGGAAUCCAGGUGAACGUCUCCGCAAGAAGCGGUGGAACCUGGAUGAGCUGCCAAAAUUUGAGAAGAACUUCUACACCGAACACCCUGAGGUCCAACACAUGAGUCAGUAUGAGAUGGAAGAGCUUCGCAGGAAGAAGGAGAUCACCGUCAGAGGCUCUGGCUCUUCAAAGGCGAUCACAGCUUUCCACCAGGCGCAGUUUCCUCAGUAUGUGAUGGAUGUGCUGAUGCAGCAAAACUUCAAGGAGCCGACAGCGAUCCAGUCUCAGGGCUUCCCCGUGGCCCUGAGCGGCAGGGACAUGGUGGGGAUUGCCCAGACCGGCUCCGGAAAGACACUGGCAUAUCUUCUUCCUGCUAUUGUACACAUCAACCACCAGCCCUAUCUGGAGAGGGGAGAUGGUCCGAUUUGUCUGGUGCUCGCGCCAACCAGAGAGCUGGCUCAGCAGGUUCAGCAGGUCGCUUAUGAUUAUGGGAAGUCUUCCCGCAUCAAAAGCACCUGUGUCUAUGGUGGCGCACCCAAAGGACCACAGAUUCGAGACCUCGAGAGGGGUGUUGAGAUCUGCAUCGCCACACCUGGUCGCCUCAUUGACUUCUUGGAGUCUGGGAAAACAAACCUCAGACGCUGCACCUACCUAGUGCUGGAUGAGGCUGAUCGCAUGCUGGAUAUGGGCUUUGAGCCACAGAUUCGCAAGAUAGUUGAACAAAUCAGGCCUGACAGACAGACUCUGAUGUGGAGUGCAACCUGGCCGAAGGAGGUUCGGCAGCUUGCUGAGGACUUCCUGAAGGACUACAUUCAGAUUAAUGUUGGCGCUCUUGAGCUCAGCGCCAACCACAACAUCCUGCAGAUUGUCGAUGUCUGCAUGGAGACUGAAAAGGACCACAAACUUUUUCAGCUGAUGGAGGAGAUAAUGGCUGAAAAAGAAAAUAAAACCAUCAUCUUUGUGGAGACUAAGAAGCGCUGCGAUGAUCUUACCAGGAGGAUGAGGCGAGACGGGUGGCCAGCCAUGUGUAUCCACGGAGACAAGAGCCAGCCAGAAAGAGACUGGGUACUCGCAGAAUUUCGGAGUGGUAAAGCUCCCAUACUGAUUGCUACCGACGUGGCCUCUCGUGGUCUGGAUGUGGAAGAUGUCAAGUUCGUCAUCAACUAUGACUAUCCCAGCUCCUCUGAGGAUUACGUCCACCGUAUUGGACGUACGGCCCGCAGUACCAACAAGGGCACUGCCUACACCUUCUUCACCCCAGGUAACCUGCGGCAGGCCAGAGACCUUGUCCGGGUGUUGGCGGAGGCCCGGCAGGCCAUCAAUCCCAAACUGCUUCAGCUCGUGGACUCAGGGCGUGGUGGAGGAGGAGGUGGUGGCAGAAUGCGUUACCGUGGCAGCAACUCCAACAACCCUAACCUCAUGUACCAGGAGGAGUGUGAUCGCCGCAUGCGCCCUGUUGGUGGCGGUGGCGGCGGCAGCAAAGAUAGCCGCAGUGGUUUCAGCCGCAACAGCCGCGAUGGAGACCGCUCCACCUCCUCCUCCUCCUCCUCCUACAGGGACAGAGGCCGGGAUCGCAGGAAUAGUUACAGCUCGGCCUCAGAUCAGUUCCAGAGCUACGGCAGCAGUGGGGGCUACAACUCCCGCGGCGGAGGCCAGCCUGGUGGAGGUGGAGGCCAGGAUCCACCUAGCCAGCCACAGGGUCAGUUCGGCCAGCCCCCUCCUCCACCAACAUCAGCGGUGCUGCAGCCACUAAUGGCUCAGCAGUUUGUUCCGCCACAGCCACCGCUCAUGGGCUUCAUGGGGCAACCGCCUUACCCUUUUGCUUCUCCACCUCCUCCUCCUCCUGGCCCUCCACCUCCCCGGAAGUAGAACUGUAAGAAAGAAGCACUGAGUGAAUUUGUUCUACUUAUUGUGUUCACAGUCUAACUCCAAGAGGCAGGAGUUUGAAAAGACAUACUAUAUCUAACGAGGUAAGGGCUGAUAUUUUCUAUCUGUUUUGUGCUUUUCAAUACAACCUACAUGUGUGGAUUUAAUAUUUUCCUGUAGAAAGGGAAACAUGGAAUUUAAAUGCUUCAUUUUUUUAACUUCCAAACUCUCAUGAGGUUGCAGUCAGCUAUGCACCCUGAAGAAACAAGUUUCUUGUGUUGUCCUUUCAGUUAAACGCCUUCGCAGUUUGUUGCCCCUCUUUAGUUUAAGAUGAGUCACUCUUCAGCUGUAUUAGAUGUGGUCAGAAUGAAAACUAUCUUACAUCUUCACCUUCGUGGUGUGCGGUUGAGAGUACUCGUCUGUGUGAUAAAUGAUUUUUAAUAGAUAGUCACAUUCCAGAGUCACAUCUUGCUUUGUUUUAUUCAAAAUCUUUGACUUAUUUUGUUGGAGGGAGAUUUAGGUUGUGACCAGCAACAUAUUCUGAUUGCAUUGAUUUUGGGUUUGUGUUAUUCUAAACGCUGAAGCAGUAGUGAAUCUUCUCUUAAAAUUUUGAUACCAUGAAAACACUGUUAGUUAUUUUUAGUGUGAUGAACUGUUGCAGUAGAUUUAGAUACAUUUAGUCAUGCAUGCCUUCAUUUUUUCUUGUCCUGUAGCAAGUCCUAGCGGAUGUGUUUCUAUGCACUCACACAUUGUUUUCAAGAGCAGAUCAGCAAAUGUAGACUAAUAUUCAUGUGGAUUGUUUACCAAAUUUGAGGGCUUUUUUUGCUUGUUUCCUCUUUCAUUCAUUAUGUCCUUUUUACAGUGCUUUAUAACUAAUAAAUGAAUCAAAGCUGUA